AUGGAUAUUUAUGAUAGCCGUUAUUACAAAACAAAUAUAUUUUAUCUGAAGCUUUUAGGACUGUGGCCUUUUGAUGAUUUUUUAAAUAAGAGAGUCCGACGAAUUUUAAUCAUCAUUGCUGUAGUUUCAUUGAUAAUACCGCAAGUCAUACGACUUUUUGAAGAAUGGGGGAGAGACAUAGAUAUUGUUAUUGAAGUUAUAGGUUCGUUAAUUUAUUUUUCGGGUUGCCAGAUCAAAUACUUGAGUUUCCUUCGCGUAGAAGCUAAGAUGAAGUACUUGUAUAAUAAAAUAGCAGAACAUUGGAAAUCAUUGAGUAGCAAAGAUGAGAUUAAGACAUUGGAAGAAUACGGUGAAAUAGGUCGUGGGCUAACAUUAGGAUACAUAAUACCUAUAAACAUAAUUCUUGUGAUAUACAUAAGUCUACCCUUGCUACCACUGCUGCUCGAUGUAAUAGACCCACAGAACGAAACGCGACCCAAGCAGUUUCCUUACUUUGCUGAAUACUUCAUUGACGAUCAAAAAUACUACUUUGAGCUAACAAUCCACGGCUGGAUCGUCUGUAUCCUGUCAGUUCAAAUUUACGGAACCUUUGAUACCACUUACACGCAAUGUGUGCAACAUGCCUGUGGGUUGUUUGGUAUAGUCGAGCAGCGUCUAAGGAAAGCUACAAAACUGGCCUCAAGCAAUGCAUUUUCGACUCAAGAAGAGAAAGAUGAAAAAGUCUACGACAAAGUAAUCGAUGCUAUCUUAUUGCACAAAGAAGCCAUUCAAUUUGUAAAUCUUAUAGAGGAUUGCUACUCGUUUUCCUACUUUUUUGUUGUGACCCUCAACACAGCAGUAGUAAGCUUAGCUGCAGUCGAUACUAUGCUGAAUCUUGAGAAUGGCAAUACUAAACAAAUGGUGAGAAUAGGUGCGCUCUACAUUGGCUUCUCAUUCCACUUACUGUAUAAUAUGAGUCCUGGCCAAAGAGUCAUUGACAGUAGCACUAAUAUACAAAAUGCUGCUUUCCAUUGUGACUGGUUCAAUGCUUCAUCAAAAACUAAAACUCUUAUUAGAAUCAUAAUGUUGCGUAGCUUAACGCCGUGCCAGUUUACUGCCGGCAAAUUAAUCGUCUUGCAUUUAGAAAGCUUUGCUUUUGUCUUUAAAAAUUCAAUAUCGUAUGUAACGGUAGUUGGAUCCAUGAGAUAGUAAAUGCCAGUAAUAGAUGAAUAAAAAGUUGCUAACAUCAAUUUAAAUUUAAUUGACUAUAUUGUAAGCAAAUCAAGAAUUGAUUAUUAAAUUUUGGCUUCUUAAUGGUUUCAAAUUGUCUUAAGUUUACUAGCAUCAAAUUCGUAAUUCAUGAAUAUGUCGUUGCUCUUAACAAGUAUUAUAUACAAAUGACAUUUUUAAGAAAUUAUUCGUACUUAUUAUAUUCAGGACUUCCAAAACUCUACAUACCAUUGCUAUGUAUUAAAUUGCUAUCUACAUAUAUAUUUAGUUUGAUAAGGCUAUAAUCCUAUUGCUCGUAGAAACCUUGUACUACUUUUGUAAUAAUUACCAUGAAAAUGUUCUAUUUAUGAAAAAUACUUUUUUUAUAACAUGAACAUUGAAGUUUAUUUUUGUAAAAUAUAAUUAAUAAUGGUUUUGCAAAUUACAAGCCUUCAAUAUUCGCUAUCUUCUUAUUUGUUGAUGGUUCUUACGUACUUUUUUUUUAAAUAAUACGACUAAUAAAUAAGUUAUAUAUUUAAAUAACAGACUAUAAACUCAACAUAAAGCUGAUGCUUAGUUAAUAUAAUUAUUUCGAGGUUGGUAUUAAUGAAAAUUAUAGCAAGAACUUCAGAUCGAUGUUAUAUUCAAAUUAUUUAUAAACCAAUUUUAUUUAAUUUUAACAAUAUGGAUCUCUAUGUACACUGCUCCAAAGUUAUGGAAUGUUUUAAUAAAUAUCCAAAGAAGUA